GUACAUGAGAUAAAAUGACGAGCGUGCUCCCCGAACGCAGCUCAGAGUUCUUUUCUACGUAAGAGCCCCAACGAGUCUCGGUCUAGAUAUGUCUAUGGCUGUGGAAAAAGCGAUCAGUGAGCGGUCAUUGAUUAUUGGUCUUUACUGUUAGAUCCCUAAAUUUAAAUCAAUUACGUUGGCGAAUUACUCAACCGUUGUCGCAACUUUACGACGCUAUGUCGUUUUUAUGAAGGAUUAUAUACCGACCAGUGUAGAGACAACUUAUUAAGGAAUAAUUGUCGUGGUAACUGACAAUGAGAGUGUGCAUUUUGUUUGCAAAUUUAUUUUCACAAUAUUCGAUAUGAUUGGCCGUAUCUAUGUCCGUGAAAGAAUUUUGUCUAAAUUGCUUUCAAUAGGACUCGAGAUUUGCAAUCAUAUCGGGUUAGAUUUGCACAAACUUUCUACACUAUUUUCAUAAAUUAUUAAAGUUGAUACAUCGCAUGAGGAGAAGGAGAUUGGAAUUAAUGGUAAAUUAUCUUCAGAAGAAUAUCAAUAAUGGCUAUGCAUGGUGUAGUGCCACCGAAACGAAAAGAAAUCUACAAAUAUGAGGCACCAUGGCCGUUGUAUAGCAUGAACUGGUCAGUGAGACCCGACAAAAGAUUUCGUUUGGCAUUGGGUAGUUUUGUAGAGGAGUACAAUAACAAGGUGCAGAUUGUCUCAUUGGAUGAAGAAACAUCAGAGUUCAGCGCCAAGAGUACAUUCGAUCACCCAUAUCCAACCACAAAGAUUAUGUGGAUACCGGACAGUAAAGGCCUAUUCCCGGAUCUGCUCGCUACAUCUGGCGAUUAUUUGAGAGUGUGGCGUGCUGCGGAACCGGAGACUCGUUUGGAGUGUGUCCUGAACAAUAACAAGAAUUCAGAUUUCUGCGCGCCGCUCACGUCCUUCGACUGGAACGAAGUGGAUCCGAAUCUGAUCGGCACCUCCAGCAUAGACACAACCUGCACGAUUUGGGGGCUGGAGACCGGUCAAGUGUUGGGCAGAGUGAACAUGGUCACGGGACACGUCAAGACGCAAUUGAUUGCACAUGACAAGGAAGUGUAUGAUAUUGCAUUCAGUCGCGCAGGCGGUGGACGCGAUAUGUUUGCCUCGGUCGGCGCGGACGGAUCCGUCAGGAUGUUCGAUCUGCGGCAUUUGGAACACUCGACGAUAAUCUACGAGGAUCCACAGCACACCCCGUUAUUGCGAUUAGCGUGGAACAAGCAAGACCCUAAUUAUCUCGCUACUGUGGCGAUGGAUGCGUGCGAGGUGAUCAUUCUGGACGUGCGCGUACCGUGUACGCCGGUAGCGAGACUGAAUAAUCACAGAGCCAGCGUCAACGGAAUAGCUUGGGCCCCGCACUCAUCCUGUCACAUCUGUACGGCGGGCGACGAUCAUCAAGCUUUGAUUUGGGACAUACAGCAGAUGCCAAGGGCUAUCGAGGAUCCUAUACUUGCUUACACCGCGGCGGAGGGCGAGGUCAAUCAGAUUCAAUGGGGCGCUACGCAGCCCGAUUGGAUAGCGAUUUGUUAUAACAAAGCGGCUGAGAUCCUCCGGGUGUGAGCGAGCAUUCUCCUAUCGAUAGGUACACCUUUCCUCCUUUGUUUCGAAAGGCUCAUUAUAUAUUUCCGUCUAAAAUAUCCCUCUUUUUUUUUUUCUUUCUUUUCCAACCAUGGAGAUGUGAUAAAGGGAUGAAUAGUGGUUGAAUUUUGUACGUUACGUUGGAUAUAUUUGUAUAUAUGUUCAUAGAAAUACUGCGUAAUUGAUAAUACUAGAUAUUAAUCGAGUUUUCAAAUAUACUUAAAACGCGUUGGUAAAUAAUCGAUUGAUAGGUUUUGCGUUAAACCACGUUAUACCAUCCGGGACGAUUCCACGGUAGAAUAGUCCGUGAUAUUGGAUAAUAAGACGGAAUCGUAGCGUUAAAAUGUAAUUGUGAGUACCGACAACUUUUAAUAUACGAUGUACAGACUUUUUAUAUAUACAGACGUAAGUUUUUGAUAUACGAGAAGAUGUAUCUAUACAUACUUAAACAUGUUAUUCAUAGAAAACUCUCGUUUUAUCUACACGGGCUCGGUUGAUCUUAUUGUCAUCUCGACAGACAUCCCAAGCAAUACAAAGACAUCUUGAUGUAAACUGGGAUCGGAUUUUUUAAUUGCGUUUAGUCGUAUUUCUCGUUAAUUUGUGAACUGCGUUACACCGGGGGGAUAUAAUGGACUGCAUAGAAGGACAGACAUUCACAAGGGAAAUGUACGAUUGAGAAGAGUGAAACUUACAAAAAGAACCAAAUACAUGUGUAUUGUUAUACGAGAUAUGUGACAGACGCUAAGCGAGUAGUAUGCAAUAUUUACAAUGAGAGCGUAAGAGUAAAUUCAGUCAAUUAACAUAAAGCGAUUACGCAUCCACUCAUUUGUCGUUCUUUCUUCUUUUUCUUUCGUUCGAUACGAAUGUUCUGAUUGUUACAUACAUACGUAGGUAUUUUUGUACCUGUAUCUUGAUCUUUACAAAAAAAUUAGCGCAAUUUUACUAUAUAAUUAAAUAAAUAUUAAUAAUAAAUAUUAAUCAAUAAGAGCAUUUUUAUUGCCUCUUCUUCAAUGUGUGCGCGAUCUUUCCACGUACCCGCGGAGCAAUUUGUCGAUAUCAACUCGUCCUCUAAAAGACAAGGGAAAAAGAGGAGUAUCUCAAAAUAUCAGUUUUAUUGAGCGCGAUCGCGCUCGAUUUAAAGAAAGAUUGGAUCAGCGAGAAGACACUUGAAUGCGUGCGCGACGCUUCGUACGUCGAUUUCACUCUCUAUAUGCGACUCUAAUAAUGCUUUCCACUUUCGAUUAGAAUAAUAUACACGGUGAAUGUGCAAAAUAUGCAUUGUUACUGUCAUAUUUAACGUGAUUAAAGCUUUUGUUAAUAGUCGUUUGUCCCUCAGAGUGAGAUACUCAAUUCUGAAUUAGAUUUUUAUUCAAGUCAUACGCGAUAUAGCGUAUUUGUAAGUGCGUGGAUUCAAUUGAAAAACUCACAUCUGUCUUCAAAUUCAAAUGUCUCACCUGAGGCAAGUUUCGAGUAGCAAUAUUAUGGGUCUGAGGCAAUUCUUUUGAAAACAGUUGGGACGCAAUUACAUAGAAAAUCACGCGUCGACAAAUAUAAAUUGUCCUCGCGCAAUCUCUCACGAAUUAUAUGCACGCAUAUUUCGGACAAUUGUUCAACAAUAAUUUACACCACACGAAAUUAAAAGCAGAUCGAUGAGAAAAGUGAGAAUUAAUCAUUACCACCUCGGCUCGAUUUUCUCUCGGAUAAUGUUCUGAGAGGCGAAUGUGCACGCCUCAUUAGCGAUCAUGAACGAACAAGGUGGUCUUCCUCACUGAGUAGUCGUUCUGCUUGAACGCAGAACGAGCUCAAUCUGUUUUAUAUUGCAAGGACAAAACUGUCCGACAUGUAUUUUUGCAAGCGACCACCUCGUUCCUUUUCUCUCAUCAUGUUUCUUAUAUAUCCAGACAGCAUAAAUAUCUGAAAUACGUCUUGGGAACAUUUCAGAGAUGUCUAAGCUCGGACCUACAAUAGAUGUAAUAAGCUUUGUGUCCUCUAAGCAAUAGAAUGUAACGUAAUUUCGGACGUUUGCCAAAACUCGCAAUAACUCGUUUAAAUCUCAGGAAUUAUGACCUUUGGUAAUGCUUUUGCUAGAAAUUGCAUUACAAUUUAGAGCACAAGGCUUACUAUUGUAAAUCUAUCUUGAAACGAGUUUUUAAAUUUUAAAAAUCAUAAACAAAAAAUAGAAGCAUCUAAAAGACGUAUAAAACACACAAGUUUAUUUAAAUGGAUAUCUUUCGCUCAGACGUCUCUAAGUCGUCUGAAAAAUAUUUAUGCUGUUCGAGAAGAGGAUGAAGCGGUGGGCGAGUGUUAGAGCAGCAUUUAUAAUCUGAUCUUAUGUUUAAAAUCGUCUUAAGUUCAUCUCAAUUCUAGUUUGGCACUCGUGGAUCAAAUUGACCCGAAUGGAAAAUUAAGAUCCCACAGUCGUUAAUCCCGAUAUACACACAUUUGGUUUCAAAACGAUUUGAACGGUUUUUCACACCACAAUUCGGAUUGCAACCGAUGAGAGAACUUGUUUCUCACUAAUUCCCACAAGGAUAUCCAUAUUUACGGAUAUUACUUCGGCAACCAGAAAAUAUCUACAAGUGAAUGGUUGCUGCGAUAAAUUCGUUCGCAUUUUUAUUUCUAAUCGUUGGAAGAAUCAAUAAUUUAUCAAUAAUUAAUUUAAGAAAUUAACCGUACACUCGAGGUUAACCGGAUAAUCCCAAAAGACCUGAAUAUGGCCGAAAAUGAAGCGCUAAUUUAAGUAAGAGUAUAUCAGAAAAGUUAUCUCACGGACCCAAUGUAAGCUAAGCGACAAAAAUAAGCGUGUGACAACGAAGGCUUAAGGUCGUCUUAAAUUUAUAAUAAGAUCUAAGAAUUAACGUUUAUUCUUUCCAACUACUGCGCCGCCGAAAGACUCGGGAGACUUGGUCUGACUUCAAUUAAUGGCAGGGAAGAUCAUUUUUCGCAUUAUAUCGUGUACACUUUCGUUUCUAUCAUCAAAUCCAUUGUAUGAGACGUAUUUCUUUCCCUUGGAAAUAAUCUUUUAAACUGCUUCGAAAAGU